AUGGUGUUUUCUGGAAGCAUGAAGGAGAGCAAACCGCGAUCGAAAGAUACUUGGGAGUCAGAGCUUGGCUAUGGAUGGUCACGAAACGGACAGAGGCGGUGCAGAUCGCAUCGGCCUCCGGAGUCCACAAUGUCAGUUAGCAGUGACAUCAGAUUUACAAGGCGUAAGCUAAGCCGUCCUUGCAGAGGAUGCUGUGCAGCUAUAGCCGCUUUACUGGUACUGCUGCUGCUGGCUGCUGUCGCCGUAUACCUCGGCCAUAUGUAUCUAUUUGGCGACCCGUUGAACAGACAAACAUUUAGAGGGUCCUUUGUGAUGUCCUCUUGGAGUUCAAAAGAAGACCUCAAUUUGGACGUAGGAGAUAAUAGCACGCGGGAAUCGGAAAUGCAGCACAUAUUGUUUGAUGUGUAUAGUCGAUCAGAGCUUCGAUCUUGCUUUGAAGGCGCUGAUAUACUUGCAAUAGACAAUACAGACGAAGGGACACGGCUGCAUUUCGAGGUUUCGUUCGAACCAAUAUUUACAGCUGUUACUACAGCUGAAGUACGGGGCGUAAUGGAACAAGCCCUUUUAACACCCUAUUUCACCAGCUUUGAAGUCGUUCCAGAAACACUGCAUAUUGAGGAAAGCUCAAUGAUAUCAUCACAAGCGCUUAAGGAAAGUGAAACGACAACGCCCGAAAUGGUAACAACUGAAGCGAUGAUAAUUGAAGCAGAGGAGGAAGUACGCGAGUGUUCGCCGCUAGCGCUGUCACUUUGCUCGCAUUUACCUUACAACAUCACGACUUAUCCUAAUCUAGUCGGCCAUGCCUCCAAGGACGUUUUGCUGCGCGAUCUUGUCGCAUUCAGAGAAUUAUUAGAUGCAGAGUGCUCGCAUCUCGCGCAAGACUUUGUCUGUCAAAUGCUGCAGCCUCAAUGUGAGAACAGUCACAUGGUAUACCCAUGUCGAGCCUAUUGCCGUGCCUUCCACGCUGGCUGUGGUGAUCGGUUGCCUGAUCGGUUACGUCCUCAUUUUGACUGUGCUCGUUUCCCGGACUACCACGGGCCUGGGUCCUGUGCGCCAGAGCCUGAUUGCCGAGGCAAUUUACAACGGUUGGCUUUAUCACGACGCGCAUGCGACGGUAUCCCAGAUUGUACUGAUGCAUCUGAUGAGCGCAGUUGUGCACAUUGCGCCGCCGCAGGUUCCAACAGUAUCCGUUGUGCUCUCAACCCGAGGUGUCUGCCUUCGCAUCUACGAUGUGAUGGAACACCUGACUGCUCUGAUGGCAGCGAUGAAGUCGGAUGCUUGUGGGUAUCACGUUCGUUGGCUUCUUGGCGCAGAGAGAACAGUGAGACAACUUUAGGAGCCAUUCGAACUCGAGUUGGAUAUGCUGUAUGGGCGGAGAGAGGCCAUUUUGGUAAAAUAUGCGCAGCGCCUUAUGAAAAUGAUAAACAAGCCCUAAUGAACGUGGCGAUGUCUUUAUGCACAUCGCUGUCAUUCAAAUCAGCAAUAACUGCAGAAGCCGUGGCGGAUGGUGAAAUAGAUGACAAGGAAAAAAACAACAACCCUGAAUAUGUGGAGAUAGUGGACCCCGCGGCAGCUGAAAUAUCAUUCAUAAAAACCGAUUGUCCAGGGAGGAAAGUUAUAAAAAUCGUCUGCGAUCAGCUAGAAUGCGGUGUUGCUACAGCGCGUGGUUUGAACGCGGUUAAUGGUGUUGAAGGUUUGCCUCGAUCAGCUCGUCCCGGGGACUGGCCGUGGCAUGCAGCAUUGCUUAGGUCACACGUCCAUGCUUGUGAUGCAGUGCUGGUGCAUUCUUCGUGGCUUGUUACUACUGCUUCUUGUUUUCAGGGUCAACCAAAAGCGGAAUGGACGGCAAGAUUAGGAACCGUUCGUAUUCAGAGCACAACACCGUGGCAACAAGAACGACGAAUUGUCGGAAUGAUUCGGUCACCAGUUGAAGGGAGCAUGCUGGCAUUGGUUCGGUUAGAAGAGCCUAUAGAAGUGACGGACUUUGUUCGUCCAGCUUGCUUACCAGAAAAUGGCUUCAAGGUGGACAAUCGAAGUCUUUGCAAUACCCUAGGAUGGACGAGGAAUAGAGACCAACUACAGAGGGUACACGUGAUCGCCACUUCUAUGCAUACUUGCGAAAAUGUCAGUAUAGCCACAGGCAAUGGUAUUUGUGCAGAACCACUUUAUGACCAGGAUGAUUGUGAUGAGGAAGAAUAUGCUGGUAGUUCCAUGAUGUGCUUUGACCCAAUAUCGAAACACUGGUCCCUGUUAGGAGUAAGUGGAUGGCGGAUAGCCUGUUCCAAAAUCGGUUUGGGUAGACCUCGAAUUUAUGAUUCUGUUACGUCACACGUAGAUUGGAUUCAAAAAACUAUAUCAAACUCGUCAAGGUGA